ACUUUGACAGUUCGAAAUUGCAUAGAUAAGAUUUUAAAAUGUCAAAUCUGUAGGAAUUACUUUUAGAUUUGUUUUAUUUUUACAAUUUCUUCACAAUGGCUGUAAGAAGUUUAACAGACGUAUUUCUAUUAAUGAGGAAUAAUGCUAUUCGAAGCAGGCAUAUUUAUCCAGAUCAAGAAUCAUCAGAAAGGAUGCAUUUAGUAUCCCUUACUGAUCUUGAAGAAGGAAUACAAGAAAUAAAUGAGGUGAAAAUGCCGCCUAUAUGGAUAGAUUAUCUUGAAAAAGCACAAAUGAUAAUUCCCAAACUGAAAUUAAAAAUUAAUGAACUUAAAUCCCUUCACUCCAAUCACUUACAUAAAUCAACAUUUGACGAGUCGUCUGAAGAUGAAGUAGCUAUAGACAAUUGUACUCAUGAAAUAACAAGAAUGUUUAAUGAAUGUCAUAGGUUAGUGCAGAUCAUCAGAAGUCAUGCUUCAGAAGGUGUUCCAAAAGAAAAAAGACUGACUGUAAAUGUGUAUCAUGCUUUGGCUAGUGGUUUACAAGAAUUAUCAAUCUACUUUCGAUCAACACAAAACAGUUAUUUGCGGCAAAUACAGUCUAGGGAAGAUCGAUCAAAAAUAUAUUUUGAUCAAAAUGAAUUCGAAGAUUUCUAUCAACAAGAUAUGGAAGACAUAGAUUUGCAUUUUAUAAAAUCCAGCCAAGUUUCCCAACAACAGCUACUUAUGUUAGAAGAAGAAAAUACAAGGUUUGCUCAAGAAAGAGAACAAGAAGUAAAUUCAAUAGUUAAGUCUAUAGUAGAUCUCAAUGAAAUUUUUAAAGAUUUGAGCCAAAUGGUUGUGGACCAAGGAACAGUGUUAGACAGAAUUGACUACAAUAUAGAACAAACAUCAAUACAAGUCCAUGAAGGAUUCAAGCAACUCCAAAAAGCAGAUGCCUAUCAAAGGAAAAAUAGAAAAAUAUGUGCAAUAGUCGUACUUGCGUCAUCUAUAAUUGUAUUAAUUUUUUUAUUAAUAAUCAUGAAAUCCCAAUAAUUGAUUCUAAGUUCUUGUUUUUAAAUUUAAGAAGUAUAAAAUGUAUAUUUAUGUUAUUAAAGACUUUAAACAUUG